GCGGGGCGGCGGCGGCGCAGGAAGAAGUCCCCAAGGAGACUUUGCCAUAGGAGUUCACAGAAAAUACUGAAAUGUCAGGUUCCACGCCAUUUAAGAUGAGAUUAGUUCAUUUAGACCUGAAAGGAGCUCCACCAAAGGUCUCCUACCUCUCCGAGAUUUUUCCUCUGUUCCGUGCGCUGGGUGCAAACGGCCUCCUCAUUGAGUAUGAAGACAUGUUUCCCUAUGAGGGCCCUCUGAGGCUGCUGAGGGCGAAGUAUGCCUACAGCCCCUCGGAAAUCAAGGAGAUCCUGCAUCUGGCUGGACUCAAUGAGCUGGAAGUGAUUCCACUGGUGCAGACGUUUGGGCACAUGGAGUUUGUGCUGAAGCACGCGGCCUUCGCCCACCUGCGGGAGGUGGGCCCCUUCCCCUGCACCCUGAACCCCCACGAGGCGGAGUCCCUGGCACUGGUGGGCGCCAUGAUCGACCAGGUCCUAGAGCUGCACCCGGGUGCCCAGCGGCUGCACGUCGGGUGUGAUGAGGUCUAUUACCUCGGAGAGGGGGAGGCCUCGCGCCGGUGGCUGCAGCAGGAGCACAACAGCACGGAGAAGCUGUGCCUGUCACACAUGCGGGCGGUGGCCAGCCACGUGCGGGCCCGGCGCCCUGGCGUGACGCCCCUGGUGUGGGAUGACAUGCUGCGGGACCUGCCUGAGGACCAGCUCGCAGCGUCCGGGGUGCCGCAGCUGGUGGAGCCGGUGCUCUGGGACUACACGGCCGACCUGGAUGUGCGUGGCAAGGUCCUCCUCAUGCAGAAGUACCGGCGGUGCGGCUUUCUGCGGCUGUGGGCAGCCAGUGCCUUCAAAGGUGCCACGGGGCCCAGCCAGGCCCUGCCCCCCAUGGAGCACCACCUCAGGAACCACGCGCAGUGGCUGCAGGUGGCAGGCAGCGGACCCACCGACUCCCUGCAGGGCAUCAUCCUGACCGGCUGGCAGAGGUACGACCACUUCUCUGUGCUGUGUGAGCUGCUCCCUGCAGGAGUCCCGUCCCUGGCCGCCUGUCUGCAGUUGCUUCUACGGGGAGGGUUUGAUGAAGAUGUUAAAGCAAAAAUGGAGAACCUUCUCGGGAUUUCCGGCCUGGAAAUAACAGACCCUGUGAGGCAAGUAGCCCAAGGCCCUCCCCCUCCCCCUCCCCGCGCUCCUCUCCCCUCCCUUGGGGACAGCUGUUCUCAGCAGGGCUCUCUGCAGGGAGGGGGCCGGCUCUUUCCCUGGCAGAAGCAUCCUUGCGCUUGUCACACAAGUCAGCCUCCAUCUGCGCAGCUCUGUGGACAUGCUGCUGGAGGGCAACAGGUACGUGACCGGCUGGUUCAGCCCCUACCACCGCCAGCGGAAGCUCAUCCACCCGGUCAUGGUCCAGCACAUCCAGCCUGCAGCGCUCAGCCUCCUGGCGCAGUGGAGCACCCUCGUGCAGGAGCUGGAGGCCGCCCUGCAGCUGGCUUUCUACCCGGACGCCGUGGAGGAGUGGCUGGAGGAGAAUGUACACCCCAGCCUGCAGCAGCUGCAAGCUCUGCUACAGGACCUCAGCGAGGCGGCCGCCCCCCAGCCCCCACCCACUGGCCCUCGGGGGGAUGCUGCUCAGGACCCCUGAGGGGAGAGCUCGUGCCUGCACUCGGGGGCUCUGUGCAGCCAGCUGUCGGCCUGGGCAAAAGGGGCCCACGUAGGUAUCAUGCCCUCUGGCCCAGCAGUGUCUGGCCCACACGCGGUUCCUGCGGGCCCUGGGCAGUCCCGUGGGGGAGACUAGAAAACACAGAAGGAAGCAGCCAGGGAGACCCACUCUGUGAUCUGCAUGUACGACCCCAAUUCUUCUGAAAUAAAGAGUGGAAGCCACAG